AUGCUUUCGCGCGGCGGACAGCACAUCAAACGAUGCGGCCUCUCCGCAGGAUUCGGGGACCACUUUGCGGCUGGCCAUGUCUCUGUCGCCGACGAGCCUCUCCUCUUUCUCUACCCUCGGUGGUUCACAUUCGUCUCCCAACAGCGUCGAAGGUUAUUGAAUUCCAGAACCUCUAAAAGGAGCAUAUCUAACCACCACACCGGAACACUUCCGUCGCGCCUAAAGACGAAUCUUCUCCAGCACCGCCGCCAGUCUUUGGCUGCGCCAUCGCGACAAAGAUGGCUGUCAACAAGCUCUGUACCUAUGCUACCGAAUCUUGACACCCAGACGGAAAAGUCCGCUACUGCCACCGACCCCCCUUCGGAAAGCACAGUGAAGGACGCCAGUUCCGCCGGGCUAGUCGGAAAGAGCGGGAACUUCGACGCGUUCGCCGGGCUAAAUACGGAGGAUGAAUUCUUGACUGAUCCGCUGAUUGAACAGCCCGGGCCCGCUGCUUUGGGACUGGCAACAUUGCCACAAUAUCAGCGAGACAUAUCUGAAGAGCCAACGUCACCAGAUCGUCCUCGCUUCGGAUUAUCCCCUCGAGAUGUCAGACGAAAGGGCAGGCGAGAUUACUGGAUGAAAAAAGUCGCGGUCGGUGGACGUGAGUCAAUCUACAGACAGAUGAAAGCGAUGAUCUUGUCUGCAGGGAGACGGGCCCAGUUUAGGUCCAAGAAGGCCACAUCCCCUUCAAAACACGAACCGUACAGGAGGCAAAUGUUGGUUCCCGAGGAGACGAUUGCUGUCAUUUGUGGACCCUCAUGGACAUCUGCAGCAUCGGAGAAUAUUUGGUAUGUGCGGUUGCAUAAUGGCUGCAAAGUACACGUCUUGCCUCCCGCUGAAAGCGUGGGACACAGCCGAAAGGUUCUUCUCACAGGCUCAGAGUGGGUUACAGGGCUUGUUGAGAACAGAAUUAAGCAGACCCAGAAACUCCAAGAAAAUGGUGAUGCGUUGCUUGAUGUUCAGAAGCCAGUUGUGCCUAUAUUUCCUUCACUCCGAGCGCUGGAACGCGAUAACCUUCCCGCGCCGCGUGUCCGGGGUGUCUGGACUAACAGUUCUAUUUCACAGACGCCGGCAUCCCUGGAUCUGAUCAACGAUAACUGGAAGAAUAUAUUGACUGUCAGGGAGUUUGUGGAGCAUGUUGACGGGCUUACGAACUCUCAUCCUGGGUCUAAUGAGCAGUCUCACUCACAGAGUGUGGCUAUAAAGCUACUUGAAUUAUUCUCUAAGGGGAAAAAUCGGCGCUUCAUCUCCACAGCAGCGUUGAAUAAAUCAAUGUCAUUCCUGCUUGAACAGGGAUAUCUGGAAUAUGCGCGGAGGUUGUUCAUACUUACUACUAACGAGCGCGUUCUAACAAUUGAGACUUUCAACCUGAUAUUCGAGUCAGCCGCGAGGGCUCAGAACGUUCCUCUCUUCCUCGAGACUAUGCGGAAGAUGUUGCGCUUGCGCAUUCCGGCAAGCCCUGAUACAUUGCUCGCCUACGCUGAGUUUCUCAUCCGACCGGCAUCUCGAACAAAAAUGGUCAAACUCAUGGAAGAGAAAGGUUGGCUGCAGGAACCAGCCGCUAUGCGGCGAGCACUGAAACUCACCAUGCAAGAUGUCUUUGCACAACAUCUAAUAGAGGGCAAAAGUGUCAACGCGUUCUUCAAAAAGACAAUCAAGGCUUUUGGGUGCUCUUAUUUUCCAGAGCGUCUAAUUAAAGAUAUGUUUCACGUUACGUUCAGGUUAAAGAAUGUAUCGGCCAUGCAACAGCUUUUCAGGCUCUGCAAGAUGAACGGACUCCCGCUGACUCCCUCGAUACUCAGCCCAUUGAUCGCACUUUUCCCACAUGACACCUUCACUGCUAUGUAUUAUGCGCUGGAAUGCCUUGAAAGGAGCAAGAACAAACUGGACAAGAAGACUUACGACGCGCUUUUUCUCAAUGCCUUGAAGAACCGACAUUACAAUAUUUGCAGAGUCCUAUGGAGAUAUGCAUGCAUGGAUGGGAAGGCCACGAACAACAUGAAACGGGAACUGGCUUUUUUCUUGACGCAAGCAGUAGGCAAAGAGGGCCUCACAGAGCAAGAAAAGGUCUGGCAAACCAGCGUUGGCAAAGUCAUUGUCGGCAUUGAUAUUCAAUCUCCCGGGUUCCCCCUAAAGCAAUCUCUUCUCAAAGACAUCCCUAUCGAAUUUCACGAUAACCCCAUCGCGUACCUGAUGGGCAAUUCCAUGCCCCAGGGGGAUGAACGCAUGAGGCAGCGUCGCGCAGCCCGCGCAAUCCUCAAGCACGAUAUCGAUGUCGGCCCUUGGUAUCGCCCGACAGUUCCGUUGGCGAACAUGCUGGAGGCGGCGGCUGAGCUGGACGCACAGUGGAAGGACGUUCCUCGUACGAGGAACUGGCUGAUGCAAAACGCUAUUCAGGUCAGUGUGAAACUGGUAGGGUAUGGUUCAUAG